AUGACAUUCAUGGAAACUAUGACAGCGUCGCUGGCACAAAAGGGGUCCCAAAGUCCCAAAUCUGGUUCUAUUUCAUCAUCUGCAACUCCUACAUCGAGAACACCUCAAUCAUUAUCCCAAAGUGUCAGCUACCAUAGUGUUGCUUCCAUCCCAAAUCUAUUGAACUACGACAGGCAGAACGAUUCGAGUAUUCGGACAAACAAGACGUCACAAACAAACAUUACCGUUUCAACGACAGGAAAUUUUCUUUCGUCGUCAAAUUCGUCACCGCAAAUUAGUCCUCGUCAAAGGGACUACCAUUACGGUGGUCACUAUAGAAGUGGAUCCCUUGAUUUUUUGGCUGACACUGCGAUCGACCAGGAUAUGAAUCAAGAAGAAUUCAAACGGAUUUUGAAAAGACUAUCAGAGUACAAUGAACAGUUGACAUUUCAUUUGCUGACAUGGAGUUCCCAGAAGAUUAAGGAUGUUUUGGUCAAUGAUCUCACCCAACUUUCCAACGAAACAAGAUCUAUGUUAAAGGUUACGAAUAGGUUGUUAGAGUUGAAGAACAUGAACGAUUGGAACAGGAAAAAACCGCAACUCCCUAGUAUUAAUCAGCUUAGAAACGAGCUACAAAAGCCAAUGACAGAGUUUCAAUUCCCAAUGAGACCCAGGAGUAAAAAUGUUUUCAACGUCACAGUAAGAAAAUCUGAAGUAGAAAUCCCAACCGCAGCUACCAACACUAAGAUGGAAAAGCCGGUCAUUCAAGUUGUUGGACAUAGAGGCAGUAAAAGCGAUAGUUCCAUCGGAGGAACAAGUCAUACUUUUAAAGUAGAUAAAGUCAAACCAAGGAAACGCAACAGCGUUUCACAGCAGCAACGAAUGAUUAGCGUAGCGGCAGGAGAUGGUACCGAGUCAUGUAAACACUGUCAUGAAACCGUUACUCCCGAAUGGAGAAGGGGGCCUUACGGUAAUAGGACCUUGUGUAAUGCAUGUGGAUUGUUCUACUGCAAGUUAAUCAGAAAAUUCAAUACAAAGGAUGCUAACAUUCUCAUGCAUUACAGAAAGAUGAAGGGUCCAGAGGACAGAAGAGUUCCUGAAAGCUUGAACGUUCCUCGUUCUUUUAUAGAAUCAUUAGAGAAUAAUGAUAACCUUGAUGAUAAUUUCAAUAUUAAAUCAAAGACAACGCCUGAGUGA